AUGAGCUCCCCCCUGGGACAGAGCCACAGGCAGCAUCAGAGGAGCCCUGGAGCACAGGCAGCUGAGCUGCGCCAGGUAUGGCAGGAGCUGUGUGUGCGGGAACACCAGGCACGGGACCGGAACCGCCAACUGCUGCGGGACUUUGGUCACCUGGAGACCCAGCUGGAGCUGCUCUGGGCCAGGACAGAUGCCGUAAGGAGGAGGAAGGUGGACUAUGGCAAAUUUCUGCAGCGGCUGCUUCUUCACCCAAGGAUGGAGGCAGGGAGCCCUGGCCAGGUCCCUCAGCACCAGGACUGGGCGUCCGCCUGGACAUUGGACCUGCCUCUGCGCUCACGCUCUGGGAGACACCUCCCUGACCCCACACAGUGGAUGAACCAUCAGCAGUAUCGGACCUGGGGGCCUCAUCCCAUCUCCCCGACACAGUCCCCAGAGCCUGCUGCCUUCCUUGAAUCCACAGGGGCAGGUGGGGCUGGGUCCAUGGAGGCCAGGCCCACAGGGGUCCCCCAUGGCACACCCUGGCUCCACAGAGGUCCCAUCGCCAAGGACCAUGGCUACAGGAUGCUGGCUGCUAUGCCCCAUCAGGAGUCAUCCCUGCUUCUCCCCCAACAUCGGCUUGGCUUUCCCAACACAGCUGAAUCAAAGGGUGCGCCUGGGGAGCCCAUGUGGGGUGAGGAGGAGGAGGGCAGCGAGGAGGAGGAAGGCCUGGAGGGGCGGCAAGGGGGUCAGGAGGGAGGAGAGGAGGAGGAGGGCAGCGCGGGCCCGGCGGUGGGGGGCACAGAAGGCCAUGUGCAGGAGGAGGAUGCAGACAGCGACUUGGUGCUGGGCGCCCUGAGAGCCGGUGCCCAGGGGGGCCCAGGCACUGUUGAGCAGGGCAGGGGCCGUGGCAGAGAGACCCCUGCCUGGGACAGCCACACCCCAGAGUCCCCACAGGAUCUAGGACAGCUUUCAACCUGCGGGGAGGAAGAGGAGGAGGAAGAGGAGGAAGCAGAAAGUGAAGGGGAUGAAGACAUAGAAGCUGCUUUGGCUCCCCAAGGAAAUGCAACAGAACCAAGGAUGAAGAGGAGAACGUCGGAGAGCCAUGAGUGGAGGAGAGGCAGCCAGAGGAGCCCUCGCUUGGAGGAAGGGUCAAGGAAAGUCAAGGUGGUUGAGGCGCCACCCACCAGCACCACCCAGUGGCCAAGGGGCGGAGAAUGA